UGCGUGGUGGAAUGAUUGGCAACCUAAAUUAGCUGAUUGGGUACCUACAUGUAAUUUACAGCUACGAAACACUUAACUUCAGGUAGGUACUGUCGCAGAUCUUCUCAUAGGUAGGUACCUAGGCUAUAGCGAGGCGCCUUUACUUUAUGACGUUAGGUAACUGACUUGAGGAAGUACCAACCCGAUACUGAACUUUACUAUGUAUUGUGGAAUUUGGUCUACCUCAUCCUCAUCCUCAUCCUCAUCUUCAUCCUUAUCCACAUUACAAUACUCUACCUCACUACAAUCCUUACUACAUACUACAUACAUACACGUAUUUACGGAAUCCCCAAAUAUUCGUACCUGGUGUCACAUAGACGUAGCCGGUUUAUUAGAUACUGAACUUCGGCCAACAAUAUUAGUGCUGCCUACCUACCUAAGAGGAAAUGGAGAGACAGGCAACAAUGGAGCAUUCAAUAACGCCAGUUACCAUCCAAGGGAGAUACUUUUGGAAAGGUAACAUAAGGUUCAUCAUGAACGGCGUUGUAUACAAAAGCCACGUGCCAUUAGAUAUACUGGCCGACAACCACAUAAAGUUCCUCGAACAUGAUAUUCCACUAUUAAGAGCACUCAAGAUUAACACGAUAUUCGUUAGCCAUAUCGAUGGAACCAAAAGCCAUAAAGCUUGUAUGAACCUAUUAGCUGAGAAUGAGAUAUAUGUUCUGGUUUCUAUCGGAUCACCGGUGUCCCUCUUUACCUUUAGGCCUUUGAUACCGUACACAUCAAACUCGAUGCAAGACGUCUUCCAAGUCGUUGAAAACCUAGCGAGCUACCCAAAUCUAUUGGGUUUCACCAUCCUCAACGAACCGAUCAAAGAUCUAGCACCAGAAGCUGCUGGACCUGUUAUCCGCGCCAUAGUGCGUGAUACUAGACGAUAUGUUAGCCUUCUCGCCGGCAAAAAACAUCAAAGGGCCAUUCCAGUCGGCGUAUUCUUGUUGCAAACGACCCUCCCGCUGGAAGAUCAAUUCGAGUACUCUUGUUCAGGAAAGGAUAACGAAACAGUCGAUUUCUUCGUCUUUAACUACGUCGACUUUGGUAUCAGAACGCCGAUGCAGACACCUAGAGAAUCAGAUCCACUCAAGAUAUUCUCUAACACGCAUAUACCAGUGUCAUUCGUAUAUUGCGACGAUUCGCAUCAAUAUCUUGCGACCCGCUCGAUUUACUUGGACCCGGACAUGAGACGCGUGUUCUCCGGUGGUAUCGUGCACCAGUUCUUCGGCGGGCUAACUCAGGACGGCCUCGUGGGACCAAAAAUAGCCUCACUAGGGAGCGGCAGACAGGUACGUUGCGAAAGGAAGAUUGACUACUUUAACCUACUCGAUAGCGUGCAUGCGGCUUUUCAAAAGCUACCAGCUUCAAUAAUGGCUCGCUCCCGCCUCCUUGAAGCGAUUGCUAUGUCGGGAAGAAAGCCUAGACAGCCCGAUCCCAAGCGGAAUUUGCUUGCACUAGGGCAGGUACCUGCUAGCCCGGUGAACUGGACAGAGGUUGAGGCGUGCAUUAUCGACGAGAGCGAGUGGGUCGACGCGGGGAAGGAGUUGUUGGAAUUAUCUGUUGACGAUCUCGUGGCCACGAUGUGGGAUAAGUUGAACAUCGAUGAAGCAGAUCCCUAGAUGAACGAUUACUCUCCGAGGUUAAGUUGACGAAGUUCUGGACUAUAGCGUUUUACCAGCGAUGGUUUUUAUAUCAAGCAGUAUCUUUUAACUGCAGCGCUUAAAUGUAGCAAAUCAAAUUCAUUCGUCUAAAUUUGGCGAUAAUUGUAAGUAAAAAGCAAAACGACAAGGAUUAUCGAUGACAAUUGAUCCCUUUCAUAUGCCGGCUAAAGAAGCGUGGAAAUAUAGCCUGCA